GUCCCCGCCUUUGGCUCCCGACCGUUUAUAUCUGCACCGUCAUCCCUCCCAUUUCGGUUUUCUCCCGAAGCAAAACGGAAAGGAAAAAAGGAAGAGUUACCGAGAGACAGAGGAGGCAGGGGAGGGGGGUAAAAUCAAGAAUAAAUUAUAACCGCACGGCCAAGAACAAGGGAGGGUAAAUAAAUCGCCCAUCGCCUCACCGCCCGGGAGGGGAUGAUGUCCGAAAGCGAGGAGCACGGGUCGCUCCUGGAAAAGAUUGGCGAUAAGAUCGGCGACAAGAUCCAUGAGUUCAAGAAGGAUUCAUCGUCCUCGGACUCGGACGACGACAAGAAGAAGCCGCAUAAAUCCAAGAAGAAGCACCUGUUUGGCAGGAAGCAUCCGCUCCACAACGUCCUUGGCGGGGGCAAAGCUGCUGAUCUUGUGAUGUGGAGGGACAAGCAGAAGUCCGGGAGCAUCCUGGGCGGGGUGACCGUCAUCUGGUUGCUGUUCGAGGGCAUCGGCUACCACCUCCUCACCUUCCUCUGCCACUUGCUCAUCGUCUUCCUCACCGUCAGCUUCGUCUGGUCCAACGCAGCAUCCUUCAUCAACAGGUCUCCUCCAAAGUUCCCUGAGGUCAUUUUAUCUGAAACCCAAUGCCUGGUGAUAGCUCAUGUUCUGAGGAAAGAAAUCAAUGAGGCUUUCAUCACCUUGCAAAGUGUUGCUUCCGGAAAAGACCUUAAAACAUACCUGAAGUCGAUUGGAGUCCUCUGGUUCAUUUCUAUAAUUGGGGGCUGCUUCAGCUUCCUGACUCUGUCUUACACUAUUUUCCUGAUGGCAUACACGCUCCCCAUGCUCUAUGAGAAAUAUGAAGACGAAGUCGAUGUUGUGGGUGAGAAGGCCCUGAUCGAGCUCAAGAAGCAAUAUGCAGUGUUCGAUGAGAAGGUUCUGUCAAAGAUACCAAUGUUAGCCGACAAGAAACAGCACUGAAACUGAUGCUUUGAAGCGUUCGACACAUCCAUCAUUUCAUCUGCAGCUCAGCACAUCAACCAAAUAGUCUCGUUUGGUUACCUCUGCUGCCAUCACCUAGCAACCUUUUAGAUGGCAUUAUAUUGAUAUUAUGUCGACUCUAAAGCAUCGGAAAUUUGUCUUUUCCAAGCCAUAGAACAGAACGUUGUCGAUGGUCACACGAAGUAGUUGCCUCUGCUUGUCAGUUUCAGUUUCAUAUUUGUUUGGUCACAAGAUACAUAUGUCAUACUAAUUUCUACAACUAUUUUCUAUGUAUGUAUGAUUUUACACUUUA